AUGGCAUCAACCAUAUCAGAAUGCCAUCAGUCAUCAGUUAUCCCCAGUGUACCAUCCUCACAUUCCAGCAUAUCAAUAGCCGGCGAUUCCAAUGAUACAGAAAAGCCGCCAGACGAAAAUUCCAAGAUUCGUUUAUUUAUGGGUAUCCUAAAAAAAUUCGUCGGUGUCGCAGAUAUAGCUACCGUACGCUUCUCUUUACCCGCACAGCUUCUAGAGCCCACGCCAAACUUGGAGUACUGGAACUAUCUAGAUCAACCAAAUACUUUCAUUGAUAUUGGAACUUCAGAUGAUCCCCUGGACCGAAUGCUAGAAGUUUUGAGAUUUUGGUUUACUAAAGAUUUAAAAUAUGUAAAGGGCAAACCAUGUAAACCAUACAAUUCAACUCUUGGUGAAUUUUUCAGGUGUAACUGGGAAGAAGAAGAUAGCUUUCCCAUGGUUUCAGAGCUCAGAGCUGCCGCAGGCGAUAGCUCCGAAUCCUCUGGCAAGUCAAAACACUCACGCAACUCCUCAAAAAGCUCGCUUUGGAGCUCUUCUCGAAAGAAGACCGACUCUAUCAGUUCCAUGAAGAAACUCACUGGUGAAAAGGUCAGAGUCUCAUACUUGACGGAACAAACUUCGCAUCAUCCCCCAGUAUCAGCCUUUUUUGUCGAUUGCCCUGAGAGAGGCCUUACUGCAUGUGGCUAUGACCAAAUAACUGCUAAAUUUACUGGAAUGAGUAUUAAAGUUUCCCCUGGCGAGCAUAAUUUUGGCUUCUUUAUAAACCUUCAGAAGCGUGAUAACGAAGAGUAUCACCUUACACAUCCCGUUGCUUAUCUUGGAGGAUUUCUCCGUGGUAAUUUAACCGUCACAGUUGCCGAGCAGUGCACCAUCACCUGCGCGAAAACAAGGCUAAAGACGAUUUUGCACUAUGUUGAAGAGAGCUGGUUGGGAAAACCACAAAACAGGGUAGAAGGUGUUAUUUUUAAAUAUGACCCCAUGAACGACAACAUUACUAAAACGAAAGAUGUUCCAGAGAAAGAUAUAUUAGCCCGUAUAUCAGGAGCAUGGAGAGAGAUAAUUUAUUUUUCAAUCGGACCUAAAAGUAAAACCCAGGUUCCACUAAUAGAUCUCGGUCCACUAAACAUAGGAAGAAAGCUCUUGCCUCCUAUUACACAACAACUUGAAAACGAAUCUCGUCGGCAGUGGGCUCCCGUUACUGAUGCGAUCAACGCACGCCAAUUUGGACUAGCAACAAAACUCAAGCUCGAACUCGAAGAAAAACAACGUUUAAGGGUAAAAGAACGCGAGGAUAGAGGCAAGCAGUGGUCUCCAAAUUUCUUUGUAGACGCUAUGACACCCGAAGGAAAACCUACGCUUACGGCCAAGGGUGUAGAGGCCCUAUCGGCAUUACAGCGUGGUGAGUGGGAGCUGUCAGAAAACUAA